GCAGACCCGUGCCCAUUGAACGUCGUGACAUUACCAAACCACUCCAAGCCAGCAUAUCCCACCCUCACGAACGGUUACGCCUCCUCAACUCUGUCCACCGCCCCGAGCGACGCCAACCGCAAAAAUGCCGACUCCCGAAUCCCCUAUGUUUCUGGCUCAGAAGCCGAAGGUCGCCCCCACAUUCGACGGCGUCGACUACGAUGACAACAAAGCAUUCAAGCAGGCACAGGACGCUAUCAUCAGGGAACAAUGGGUUGGAGCUAUGAUGGUGCGCCUCACUGGCGAGGAGCUGGGCAAGUGCUACUUGCGCGAGGGUGUCAACCACCUGGAGAAGUGCGGUCACCUACGAGAGAGGUACCUGCAAUUGCUGAAGGAGAAGAAGGUCACGGGUACUCUGUUCGAACAAACAAACUACAUCACGAAGCAAGAGAACAAGCAAUGAGGGGCGGCAAUCGGGAUGUCUGAACUUCAAGGCUGUGGAGAUCAGGAGAGGCAGGCAUAUAGUCUUCUGCAAGGAUAGAGACGAAGUGCAAUCAGCGAUUCUUAGAGAGUUUUGAGGCCAGGGAACGUGGUUUGACGGCAUCAGCCCAGAGCCAUAUCUCAGCAUGUACAUAUAGAGUAGUCGAACGAACCGAGUUAUGCACCUAUCC